UGAUGCACCGGCAGCAGCACCGUUGAAGUUCAGAGUUCAAACAUUACAGUAAAAAUAGGGUACUCGCUGGCUGGCUGCCUGUGUACACAACCCGGCGCUCUCAGAACAAAUCGGUUGCCAUCGCACGGAAAACCGACAGAGGAAACCGACAAUGGCCCUCAGCUAAUCGGCGGCUGCCUUUGCCCGGUUGUCGGCGGAUUUACAGCACGACGGGGCUAGCUGGGUGCUAGCGUUAGCACACUAGCUUUGCCAGGAGCACAUAGCAACAACUGCUGCUGCUGCUGCUGCUGCUGCUAGCUAACGUCACUGGACUGGUACUGACUUUACUCUCAAGGCUGCAGCUAUGUUCGUGCAGGAGGAGAAGAUAUUCGCCGGGAAAGUGUUGAAGAUACACAUCUGCACCAUGGACGGCACGGAGUGGUUGGAGGAGGUCACGGAAGACACCACUGUUGAGAAACUGAAGGAGAAGUGCUUGAAACAUUAUGUUCAUGGAAGUCUAGAAGAUCCCAAAACACUUACCCACCAUAAACUCAUACACGCUGCUACCGAGAGAGUCCUCACCGACACUAAAACUGUCGCUGAUGAAAGUCUCAAAGAUAAAGACGUUUUGCUGCUCAUAAAGAAAAGACCACCACCAACCCCUCCAAAGAUGGCAGAUGUGAGUGCUGAAGAAAAGAAGAAACAAGAUAACAAGGCCCCGGACAAAGAUGCAAUUCUGAAAGCCACCACCAGCCUGUCCACACGGCACACAGACCGAACUGUUACCCAGCAUAACAUCAGAGAUUUUCAAACAGAGCUAAGAAAAAUCCUGGUUUCACUCAUUGAAGUUGCGCAGAAGCUUCUUGCCUUGAACCCUGAUGCUGUUGAGCUCUUCAAAAAGGCCAAUGCGAUGCUGGAUGAGGAUGAAGAGGAUCGGGUGGAUGAAACAGCCCUUCAGCAGCUCACUGAGAUGGGUUUCCCAGAGAGCAGAGCCAUCAAAGCACUUAGACUGAACCACAUGUCAGUGACCCAGGCGAUGGAGUGGCUUAUUGAGCAUGUAGAUGACCCCUCUGUAGACGCACCGCUGCCUGGCCAGGACUCCUCUGGAGCAGCAGGAGCCACAGCAGCUGCUACAUCAGGUGCCUCAGCCUCAGCCUCAGCCUCAGCUUCCGGCCCUAACCUUCUCCGCAGCCUCUCCAGUCAGUCGAGCACAGACGAGACCAGCAGGCAGGACGAGCUCACAGAGAUCUUCAAGAGAAUCCGUAGGAAACGGGAGUUCAGACCGGACUCAAGAGCUGUCAUUGCAUUGAUGGAGAUGGGGUUUGAUGAAAAAGAGGUGGUUGAUGCUCUGAGGGUGAAUAACAACCAACAGGAUGCUGCGUGUGAGUGGCUGCUGGGAGACAGGAAACCUUCUCCAGAAGAUAUGGACAAAGGCAUUGACACCAACAGCCCGCUGUUUCAAGCCAUUCUUGAGAAUCCAGUAGUACAGUUGGGUCUAACCAACCCCAAGACUCUGCUAGCGUUUGAAGACAUGCUGGAGAAUCCACUGAACAGCACCCAGUGGAUGAACGACCCUGAGACUGGUCCCGUCAUGCUCCAAAUAUCCAGAAUCUUCCAGACCCUCAAUCGCACAUAGAGCCUCCUGGUGACCCCCCCCCCUGUGUGACUGCGGCAGCUUGUGUGUAUGUUUGACCAUAUUGGGAUGUGUGUGUGUAUGAAUGUGUGUAUCCAAGUGUGACAGAGACACAAGUAUUGUUUGCUUUGUAAAGACAAAGCCGGAGGAGUCUACUUAUGAAUUAAGAUGUUCUACAUAUAACUAUUUAUAACAGUACCGUAAAAACACUUAUACAAAACAAAUGUUAACAUAAACAUUAUUAUUACAGUAAUAAUAAAAAUUGAGAUUUAGUAUGUUGUUUUUACAUUUUAAUGAGAACAAUUUAUAGUUAUGACAGACAUGAUUUAUUUUAUAUAAUUUCUCCAUGUGCAAAAAUGACAUCCGACAUCGAUUUAAUGUUUACACUUCAAGAAAAACUGUUUUUGUAUGUUUUGCAAUAUUUAAAUAUCAAUUACAGUUUUGUCUGUCAUCUGUCAUCAGUGGUGAAUGUGUGGGAGACUCAUUAUGUUUUGUUUUUCUUCCCCCUUUGUCUUGUGUUUUAUCAGAAUAACUGCGUGUAAUCGAGAGGCUGGUGGUCAAAAUUGAGUGUUUGUUUAGCUGAUUGAAAAUAGGCUUUCAGACACAUUACCUCUCUCUCCAUUCAUGCCUGCGUGGUGACUGUAAGUCAACCGACUCUCAGUUUAAAGAGGAGAACAUUUGUCCUUGAUCCUCUUUUAGGAAUAUUUAUUUUACUUUCUUGCCUUUUUAGACGAAAGAUGUACACUAAACUGUUUGUGUCUUAGUCAUGUUUUUACAAGAAAGUUAUAUCUUAGGCCUGUGUGUUUGUUGUCAACGUGCUCUUGAAUGUCAUAUUAUCUUGUUGUGCUCAUUUAGCACUUGGUCACCUCUAUGAAUAUCACUCACUGCAGCACUGAGGAAGUUGAAAGAAGGGUUUGUGUUUUGUCUGAUAAGGCUGUAGUCAGAUGUUUAAUGAAGUUGAGCCUAAUCAAAAAGGGGUUUGCCUUGUUAACCUUUCAUUUCAAUGAUGAUGAUGAUGAUGAUGCAUGCUCGCUCCAUGCUGCAAAGGUGCAAGCAUCUUCAUACAUACAAAGAAAUAAUAGAAUUUGAGGCACAACCAGUGUUGGUUUUUUGGAUAACUUUUUUUUUUUUCUUUUGAGAGCAACAAACAUUUAUGCUGUCAAACCAAACCAAAAUGUCAUUAUAUAACCUGCCUUGUCAUUAGUUGUACUCAUUGAAAAACAUACCCUGUAUUUCUGUGCAAUAGCAAGGACUUCUGUUGACCUGUAAAGAAAUAUAUUUGAUUUGAGUGUUAGAGAUGUGUGAACUGCAAUGGUUGUGUGUUACACAAUAUUAGCCUUUGCAUUGAAUACUUAAAAUCUCCAACUACAACAAAAGGGUGAGCUUAGGCUCUCCUGCUUGUACACAGAGUUAAAAAACAAUAUGGAGGGUGGUGUGUUUUGCCAAGCUUUUGAGUGUUUUUAUUCAAUAUUUUAAAAAAAAAAUGUGGUAUUGAUGUGACUUUCUGCUCAGGGAGGCUGAGAUUGUUUUUCUAAACCUGUCUUCAUGGCAAACCUCUGCUCACCCCUUUCUAGUUUAGCAUUUGAAAAUGGCUUUAACAAAUCUGUCCAGAACUUUGCGUAUGAAUAAGAGCACCAUAAGACAUGGUUUCGUAAAUGCAAUAUUUGAAAAUAUUUAAAUGUUUUUAGAGAGAAGUGUCUGUUUGAACUAUGUAUUAUUACAUUAUUUAUAUCAAAGCCAAACUAGUAACUUGUUCUUAUUUAUAACAUUUUUAGCAAACCUCGAAGCUAAUCUACAAAUGUGAAAAAAAAAAUUAAAUGAUUCAAAUGUUGUUUUUACAAACCAUUAUAAAAGAUGUGCUUAUGGACUGGUAGGUCACAGUGUGGUUUAAAGUAGUGCAACAUGUUUGAAUGAUUGAGGAUUUCUACACACGUCUCUGGAAGCCUCUCUGCACACUUUAUGCACAGCAGUGGACCUUCAUCGUGGCCACCGUGACGAGCUGUCUCACCACCUCCGUGCUUUGCAUUGGCAUGCAUACAAAACUGUCCGUAACACCUGGAAACAAACGUUGGGAGAUUGUAUGAUUGUACAGAAAAUGCAGAAAUCUUGUCUUUGCAAAUGGUCAACAGGAACAGAAAAGAACAAAUUGAACUUUAUUGCUUAGGGACGCUGAAGAUCUGUUGGAGUCACAGGUUAUUGUUUUCACUCAGCUUUCAUACAGGACUGUCCCAGAUUAACAACCUAUGCAAUAUACUCUCACAGUCAUUCAAACAGCCUCAUGGCAACUGGCAUCUAAAUCACUAUUGCAUUAAAGUUAUUUUUUGUGGCUGUAA